UGUACAUCUGAACAUCCGUUCCGUACCUGGCAGAGAUAUCAGGAUGGGGAGGGGAGGGAAUGAUUAGAGGAAUACUGUCGUAACUGAGUAUGACAUUUCCUGCUUGUGUCUUCUAAGAUACGAUAAUAAUAAUGUGAUCUGGACUGUAUUCUGUAUUCUGUAUUCUGCUCUUCUGUAUUCUGUGUUCUGUAUUCUGUGUUCUGCUCUUCUCAUCGUCACUCAUUCCCGCCCUUUUUCUCACCAUCGCCAACUUCAUCUUCUUCAACGUUGCUCAUUGCCGCUGGUAGACGCGUGUCCCCUUUUCGUUUCUUUCUUUCUUUCUUUCUGUCUUUUUUCUUUUUUCUAUAUGUUUUCCCCUUUUCUUUUUUUCCCUCCCCCUUCUUUUGACUGUCCUUCUUGAUCAGUUUCACUGUGUGACUUUCCAGUCACUUCCUUCUCCUUUUCCCAGCUUUCUUUUCUCUUUCUCUCCUUUCUCUCCUCAGUAGCAACAUUCCCCCAACGCAUCGUAACUCUCUGGGAAUUAGGGACCCUGCUAUACAGAGUAUACAGAGUAUACAGAGUAUACAGAGUAUACAGAGUAUACAGAGUAUACCCUUUCUACUCCUUCUGCUCCAAUGUGCGAAGACGCCGAUUACAGAUCGGGCUGCGCAUCGUGAAGACCCUCACCACGCACCUCUCAUAGAGGACAAAUAAAAGGGAAACAUAAGAGGACAGGCAGCGCCGUCUUUUUCACAAUCACACUCCAAUGCCUCCCGUCAGGCUAAAGGCGUUGACUCCCAUCAUCGCCAUCGUGGUCAUCACCCUCUUCUUCUGGGCUGUCGACCACUACGACCGCGCUGCCCUGACCCGCUUCACACACCCUCUCGACAGACUCUCUCCGCCGUCGUCGCAGCCGCCAAAGGACCACAAUGCCCGGCCCCCUCCCCAGGCAGACAUCCAAAAACCAAAGACUCCGGACCAGCUGUGUGCCUCCGGGAAUCACCCUCUGCACCGUUCUCCUCCACUCCCUCCCUUGUCCUUCCCUGAGUGGCUGAUGGGUAAGAACUACACCCGCACAUACCUACGCCCGCACCAUCUGCCGCCCGACACAAAGUUCAAGUCCAUGGAGACCAUCGGCCAGCAAGUUUUGCAGCCCUUCCGCCCCCUGGGUCGUGGAAUGAGAGCCCCCGUCAUGGAUCCCCACGACCCCUGGCCCUGUCCCAACAUCAUCGACGUGGAUGUCGCGGCCGACUACGACGUCGAGGAAACGAGCAAUAUCCUCUUUGGCCUGGCAACCACCGUCGACCGCCUGCACCGUCUCUUGCCUGCCCUGCUCUACUCCUAUGGCAGCACAAAGGCUAGCCUGCUUGUUCUCGUCCCCGGCGAUACGCAGAAGAUUGAGGAAAACGAGGCCUAUUUCAGAAAUGCGGGUUUGGAUAUCACCUUGAAGAAGUUCCCGUUGGCUUUCACCGCCCGAUACUUUGGCCUCGUAGAAGGCUUCACCGAUUUCAUAAAAUCCCACCGCCCAAAUACCACCUGGGUCAGCUUCGUCGACGACGACACUUACUUCCUCUCCCUAGCUACAGUCGCCAAACAGCUCUCCACCUUUGACCCUUCGCAACGAGUAUACAUCGGCACCCUCUCCGAAGCCAGCUGGCAGGUCGACACCUUUGGCCAAAUCGGCUUCGGUGGCGCCGGCGUCUUCGUCUCCCUUCCCCUCCUCGAAAGACUGCACGGCGCCUACGAAACCUGCCAGUCCUGGGGCGAGCAACCAGGCGACCAGAAACUAGCCCAGUGCAUCGACAAAUUCGGAGAAACCUCGCUCACAAUCUGGGACACCCUGUACCAAAUGGACAUGAAGGGCGCCGUGGACGGCGUGUACGAGUCCGGCCGCCAAAUCCACACCCUCCACCACUGGAGCAGCUGGUACAAAAAGGACGUCGUCAAGAUGUCCACCGUCGCCGCCGCCGCGGGCCGGCAGUCCAUCCUGCGCCGCUUCCGCUUCGACGAGUACCACACCAUCGACAGCACCACGGGCACGACCAUGCACAGCUUCUGGGUCCUGACCAACGGCUACUCGCUGGUCAAGUACACGAUGAACGCGCGACUGUCGCCCAGCGCGGUCGACUUCGACAAGACGGAGAAGACGUGGGAUGAGGACCAGCGCGGGUACGAGAAGCGGCUUGGCCCGAUGCGGCCGAAGGAUCAGCCGGGCAUCAAGAAGGAGAGGUGGAUGUUGGCAGAUUCGACGGUUGUGGGGGAUAAUGUGCACCAGAGUUAUGUUAAUGAUGAAGGGGGGAUGCACAGUGUUAUUGAGCUAGUCUGGCUAGGGCCCAAGGGCGGUGGUGGGGGUGCGGGUGUUUAACUUUUAGUAGUUAUAAAAAAUCCGAGAAUCCCCUCCACUUAACCCUUUUUUU